AUUGCAAAAAAAUUCACCAAAUCACUAAAAAAAUCGGGUUGCGGUUAGCGAGACCGGCAGCAAUUUCCCAGCUGCGGAUACUCAAAACCGCGAUUGGGAAAACUGCGGUGGGCGAGAGAUGACUGCAUUCCUCUCAUUUUAACGAACAGGCAGGAUACAGAUCCAGUUAGUCACGACUAAGAACUACUGAAAUAAAUGAGACACGGUUCACUUAAGACCUGUCAAUUUCAUGGACUGACGAGCUUGACCUGAAUCCUGCACCCGUUGUGCAAAUGUUUGCAUUUGCAGUUCGAUAUAAACUAAAAUGUACAGUCCAUGGGAGAAAGUCGUAGGAAGUUUUGAAAAAACACUAUGAAGAGGAAUUUCCCUGACAGUUCAACUCGUAGUACAGCAGGAUGUCUGUCUAUACCACUGUUCAACCAGAAGAAAAGGAAUAGGCAACCACUCACUUCCAACCCACUUAAAAAUGAGAUAAAUUCCUGCAAUUCAGCUGAAAAUUUGGAUUUUUCUACCAUGCUUGCAGAUUUCGGCUGGGAAGCGGCCAAGCCAGAGCCAACUCGAUUACAGAAAACAUUAGGCACGGACCGAACAGAGCUUUCGAUGCCACCUUCUCUGUUAAAGCACCCCCAAACACCAGAGCCUACGCUAUCAAGUGCAGGAAGGAACAAUUGGAGACUAGAGGAGAAAAACAGCAGUGCUAAUGUUUGGAAAACCAGUGACCACCCAGUUUUUGGUAGCAGAACGGAAAACAGAAAGAUUCCGAAGCUGGACAGCUCAGAUUGCAUAAUGGGGGCUGAAUCAAAGCAGCAGAAUUUAACUGGCCAUCCAAAGCCAGGAGUAGCAGAAAGAAGCCCUUCAUUCACAGCCCAGAGGCCAACCGGGUUAAAUACGAUGCAGAGAGACCUGCACGGUCCAAGAACAUCGUAUACAUUCAAACCCAAUUCAUACCAACAAAAGGUUGAUGAGAAUAAAGAUAAAAAAAGGAUUCAGAACGUGCCAGCAAAUCAACUCAAACUGAAAGAAAGAGACAGCUCUCUCCGAAUUAUCUCUGCAGUCAUUGAAAGCAUGAAGCACUGGAGUCAGUACACUCACAAAGCUCCACUGCUAUUUGAGGUGUUAGGCACUCUGGAUUCUGCGGUGACCCCUGGACAACACAGUGCAAAGACUUUCCUUCUGAGAGACAGGAAGGAGAGUGUGUCCUGUGUAUUCUAUGAGAUUGAUCGGGAGCUUCCAAGAUUAAUCAGAGGCCGAGUCCACAGGUGCGUGGGAAACUAUGACGCAAAACGGAAGCUCUUCAGGUGCGUCUCCGUGAGAACGGCCACUGUUUCCGAACAACAGACUUUUCAAGAUUUUGUCCAAAUUGCAGAUGCAGAGAUGAGUGAAUACGUGAAAACAAGCAACGAAGUUUAAGUGUUGACGUCGCAGUUCAGAUCGGUGAAAGAAACGAGGCAGUUUCUCCACACCUCAUUAAGCAUUAACAAAGCAUAACAUUAAAUAUUUCCAGAGCUCAGAUAUUGCCAAUGCCUGUGCUAAAGCACCAUUAUCAUUAGAAGCUACCUAAAAAUAAAAGCAUUCCAAUCUGUUCCCA